GUCAACAGCGCAGCGGGCGGGGCCCCUGCACCCCGCGCUGCCCUUGGCUGCCGGGAACGUGUCCUCCGAGGUCGGGGCGUGCAGGGAACCCGGAGGCUCGCAGUGCGUGCACGAUGAGCGGCCUGAUGCAGAACGCGCGGGAAGCGAUGAAGGCCCUGUUCAGGUCGCCCGGCUUCGAUAGAGUUUUGGAAAAGGUAACUCUCGUCUCUGCUGCUCCUGAGAAAGUGAUUUGUGAAAUGAAAGUAGAAGAGCAGCAUGCUAAUAAAAUGGGCACACUCCAUGGUGGUUUGACAGCCACCUUAAUAGACAGCAUAUCAACCAUGGCUCUGCUGUGCUCAGAAAGGGGUCUGCCUGGAGUCAGCGUUGACAUGAACAUAACGUACAUGUCACCUGCUAAAAUAGGAGAAGAAAUAGUGAUUACAGCACAAAUUCUGAAGCAAGGAAGAACACUUGCAUUUGCUUCUGUGGAUCUGACCAACAAGGCCACAGGAAAAUUAAUAGCACAAGGCAGGCAUACGAAACACCUGGGAAACUAGAGACCCACAGGUGCCCGAAGAUACCCAACAGUGAACACCAAGUGUGAACUUGAACAAAUUUUUCAAAAUAAAUUAUCAGAACCACAAA